AUGGCGUCCAGCUCCGUUGCUUCAGACGCUGCCAAUCCUCCUACCGAUCAGUCAAGCGGCUCGCAGGAUCUCGUACUGCAUGUGCUCUGUCCGUCCCUACCGCCGCCCAACCGCUUCACCUUCAAUGAUCUUACUCCGUCCACCACCGUUGCUAGCCUGAAAGCCCGGAUAUCGCAAUCGCUGCCCGGUCAGCCGUCCUCGGAAACUCAGCGGCUUAUCUACCGCGGCAAACCUCUCGCGAGCGACAGUAUAUCCCUGGGAAGCAUGUUGGACCUGGAAAAUGGCUCUGAACAUUCUAUGCAUCUCGCUCUUCCUCCGGCGCCCACGCCAGCUGCCAAUGACACACCGACUUUGCCUGCAGCGGCUCCUCCUCAAACACCCUCAAGUAUUCCUUCUACUCCGUUUGCCAGCGGAUCUACGCCGCCGAACAAUGCGCAAGCUACAUCAUCGACGUUGAGGUUCCGAGGCCCGGGAACUCCGAUGCCAAGUCAUGAGGAAGCGCACCUGGCUGUGCGACAGAGCCUCGAGACAAUCCGUCGACGGCUGGAACAGCAAGGUCAAAGGGUAUCCCAGCUACCACCUGAGCGCCAGGGAAGCACGGUCACAACAUCGAUACACCACAGUCUCGGAACACCCUUGAGAAACCAGUCACCGUUCCUCGGCAUGCCGAACACAUCAUCUGCCAACUCGGACAAUGCUAGACUGCGUCUGCUGCAGCUCCAGCCUCAGGUCACUUACUUUGAGGACCAAGUUAGCCGCGGGAUCGCACCUCCGAUCGACCAGAUCAUUCAACUGCGGACGCAAUUACUCCAACUGCUCGACGAGCAGUAUCGCAAACCCCAAUCGGAACGAGAUAGUUCCAUCGAACCUCUGCUCACCCGCGUCUUCAACAUUUACACCCGAGCCGACCAGCUGCGCGUGAUGCAGGCGACGUUGCCGUCAUCACUGCAACCCAUCUCCACCAACAUCUCCGGAGACCUUGAGUCCUCUCAGGUUUCUCGUUAUCUUUUAUCAUCGCCGGAUGGGUAUCAAGGGAUCAUCACGUCCCCGGGGACACCACAAAGCCUCCAGGCCACAAUCGAUGCUAUUCGCGCCGCGCAAGCUUCUCAUGCAGCCUUUGCACCCAAUCACGGACACCACCAACUUCAUCAUCAUCACCCCGCAGAGGCACACCCCAACCCCAAUGCGGCUGUCAUGGAAAACGCCGUUCGCCAGGCCAUCUUGAACCAGCGAGCCGGCGCCAACAACGGCGGCAUCGGAAUCGGCCGCAGCAUCCGACGCCUCUGGCUCUUCGUGCGCCUCUAUUUCUUCUGCUACAUGUUCAGCGAACCGAACACUUGGACCCGGGUCCUGUUCGUAUCACUCGCCGUCCUCGCAGCCUUACUCUCGGAAACCGGCUACCCCCAACAACUCUACCGGAUGGUCGUCGCCCCAGUUCAGCAGCACUUAGAAGGUCUGGUGCAUUUUGCCCCGGGCGCCGAAACCGCCGCGGGAACCAAUAAUGCAAACCAGCCCGCAGCAGCAGCCGCCAGAGACGGCGGCCGUGCCGGUCUCGCUACGGAACUGCGUCACAACCUGCGCAGAGUGGAGCGUUCCCUGGCGCUGUUCAUUGCCAGCUUAGUGCCCGGCGUCGGCGAACGGCACGUGGAAGUGCGCAACGCAGCCGAGGCAGCUCGGAAUGCGGAGCGCACGCGGGAAGAAGAGGAACGUCGGCAGCGGGAGGAAGAAGCUGCGAAUCCGGCGCAGGAUCAGCACCCACAGCAGCAGCAGGAAGAUGACGAGCAAAGAAACGAUGAUCGUGACUCUAGUGCUCGGGCUGAACCGGCUCAGCAGAAUCCUACUCCCGAACAACCUGCGACUGCUACUGUCGCAUCGCAAGGAGAUGAGAACAGGGCGGUGUAA